ACUUCGCAGUCAAAAGAAUGGUUCAAUAGCGCGCCUCAGAAAGAUUGUUUUUCAUUUUUGUCUACAUUACGGUUGAGGAUUUCGUUAUGGGUAAGCUGAAAACCGGUCCGCCAAUAUCAAUAAUUAAAGCUAGCAGAGGUGCACAAAGUAACUUAACUAAUUUUUAUUCAACUUCUUACCAAACUUCUCACGGGGAUGAUAAUUUUAUUCCGAAGCCUGUGAAAUCUGUGGGAACCGGCUACAAGGCAAAUUUCAGGCCGGACAUUUACUACACAACGCGACUUGAUCAACUGGAUAAUUUAGAAUUAGGAAAAGACCUGAAACAAAAUUAUGAAACUUUUUACAUGAAACAACAUCGAGCAUAUACCACGGGAUCAGAUGGGAAAGACAAGCUUCCGCUAAAAAUUCUUCCUCGUAAAUCUGGUUUCACUCAACAAUCUCCAAUAACAUACGCUGAUUCCAAAAAUGUUACGAUUGCUAGAGAGGGGACGAUGACAGGAAAUGUUUAUAAAUCUCUUUUGAGGAGACUACAAGAGAAAAGAAUAUCACAUCUAGACGACGGAUCCUUGAUUCCAGAAACCGAAACAACAACUUGCUAUUUGGGAAAACCAAGCGAAAGAAUGAAAACGCAUUUAAAAGACGUUGGAUUCAUGGAACCGUCUGGAUUCACUCACUAUCAUCAUUUCGAUCCAGUAUUAUAUCUUGGCAGGGCACCGUUUGAUGGAGCAAGAUAUGGUAACAGAACUUUGAGACCAACCGGAAUAAGUGAACAUCAAAAUCAUUUUGUACGAUGGCCUACCUUAGAAGGAACAGAGAUGAAUGCUGGUGUGAGAAAACGGGCGAAACGCGACACAGGUUACAGCUUUGAAACCGCGAAACCACGAUUUGUUCAUCGCAAAAUAGAAGAUGCUUUUACGAAUAUAGGACAAAUGCCUCCACCUGUUGCUUCUAGAGUGAAGAAACAAGAUCCGUGUGAAUACGUGAACUUGACAAGAGGCGGCGAUCAUACAAGUCUUGCAAGAAGUAAUUUUCAAGGACAGCAGCGACCCCCCAAGAGUCCAAACCAUAAGUUGUCACGAGUUUCAACGGGACAUAAAGAACUGACUGGAUUUUCCACAAAUAACGAAGGCCACGUCGCGAAAGUCGACGACAAAACGCGAUUUAUAUCCCAUUAUGAUGUUAAAUUUGGACCCAAGCAAGCUGGAUAUCCCGGUUUUGCCAAAGUAUCGGGAUUCGCGAAACAGACAAACGGAUUCACAAAGAGUACAGUGGUACAUUCAUUUGGAGAUGGAGUUUCCUUUAGGCCAGAAAAUUUACGGGCGCUUCAUCCAAUCGCAGCCAAAGUUGUGAAGCAUGACAACCCGUGUUACAUGGACAACACGAGAAAUUUUAAAAUAAGAGACUGCGUUAGAGCUUAGUUGUUUUCUUUUUCGUAUGAAUCGCAAAUUAUAUAGUUUUACAACAUUGAAAACUACACCCAAGCGCUAAAGUGUACAAAGUUUUUCUGCAAUAAAAAAAGAUACAAAGAGG